GGAGCAGGGAUAUGAGCGUGGAGCAGGGAUUGGACUACGUCGCGACGUGGAAUUCGGCAAUGCUGAUAUCCGACGACUUAUCAGAGGCGGUCUCGGCUCACAGGCAAAAAAGGAAGCCGGUUUUUGCCAAGCUCUGAUAUUGCAAAUUUUUGCAGAGAGUUGCAAAUUUGCAAGACAAAAAUGGCUACCACUUUCAAGGCUAUGCAUGUCUCCGAUGUUCCCAAUCCGGACCAAUCCUCGGAAAUUAAUGCUGCACUAGCCCUCAUCAAAGCUCCAUGGUCGGCACAAGGUGUUAAUGAUCAUGGUGAAGGCGUAGAGGCCAAAUGUGGAUUCAAAUGGCCAAAGUUUGUGGUGAUGGGACACAGAGGCAGCGGAAUGAACAUGUUGCAAUCGCCUGAUGACAGAAUGAAAUGCAUUAAAGAAAACUCAAUUCGUUCCUUCAACUCUGCCGCUCAAUUUCCCAUUGAUUACAUUGAAUUUGAUGUUCAAGUGACCAAAGAUGACUGUCCAGUCAUUUUUCAUGACAAUUUUAUCGCCACCGAGGAGAAGGGUGUUUAUGUUGAGAAAAGAGUUACAGACAUUACUUUGCCAGAAUUUCUUUCAUAUGGACCCCAGUCAGAGCUUGGAAAGGUAGGGAUCCCUAUGUUUAGAAAAACAAAAGAGGGGACAAUUUUUGAGUGGAAGGUAGAAAACGAUGACCCCCUAUGUACAUUGCAAGAUGUGUUUGAGAAAGUCGGCCAGUCUAUGGGUUUCAAUAUAGAAUUGAAGUUUGAUGAUCAGUUUGUGUACAUUGAGAAACAACUCCAACAUGUUCUCCAAGUAGUCUUGCAGCAGGUGGUAAACAAGUAUGCGAAGGACAGACCAAUUAUGUUUUCGAGCUUUCAGCCUGAUGUAGUGUUGAUGAUGAGAAAACUGCAGAGCACCUAUCCGGUAUAUUUCCUCACCAAUGGAGGUUCCGAAAUAUACAAAGAUGUUAGAAGGAACUCUUUGGAAGAGGCAAUUAAGGUGUGUAUGGCUGGCGGUUUGCAAGGAAUAGUGUCAGAAGUGAGAGCUAUCUUGAGAGAUCCGAAUGCAGUAACCAGGAUUAAAGACUCCAACCUUUGCCUUCUAACCUAUGGCCAAUUAAAUAAUGUACCGGAGAAGGUUUACAUGCAACAUCUCAUGGGCGUUGAGGGAGUGAUUGUUGACCUUGUCGGAGAGAUCACCGAGGCAGUUUCUGAUCCAAACAAGUGAUCAAGGGAUCGAUCGCAGAUGCAUGAACUUAAACUCCAACCUUAUGUUCCUGCCAGGAGUCUAUACCAGAGUUGAUACACCAAUUGGGGGCUAUAUAAUAGAAAAUAUAUAUGCACUAUGGCCAAUCCUAGAGGAGCAAACUCCUGUGUAUUCUAUUGUCACAUUAAUCUUAGAUAAAAAAACCAGUUGUAUCCAAAAUGGUUGAGUUCUGAGUUCAAUUUUUCAGUGCAUAAACAGAUGAUAUCCUAAUUUGAUAACAGA